GGAAAUUUAGUAUAAAGGUCGGUGCCUGUUUCAUUGGAAGUCAUAAUCAAGUCAACACUUCAUCAAUUCGGAUUACUCUGCUAAACACACGUGAAAAUGCGUACUUUUGUGGUUUUAUGUUUGGUUGCCGUAGCUGCUGCUCAAUAUAAUUACAAUCCCCAGACUUCUGUCACUAUUGAUGGUGGUGUUGGUGUGAGAUCAGGCGACUUAUCUGGCGGUAAUAAUGGCGGUGUUGUUGCUUCCGUCAGCAACGACUACGACAAGGAAUUCUUCACCUUCUCCGCACCCGAAGCCGAUUUCGUUGACAAUACUGCCGCCGAAAAGAUUGCCGGUGCUUUGAAGAAGAACUUGCGUGUUGUUUUCAUCAAAGGCCCUGAAAAUACUGGUCUCGAAAAUGCUGUCGUACAAUUGGCCAAAUCCGCCUCCCAGGACCGUACUGCCAUCUAUGUGCUCAACAAACAAGCUGAUAUCGGAGAAUUGGCCAACAAAUUGAACACUUUGAACACCAACGCCAACAGCAAACCAGAAGUUCACUUUGUCAAAUACCGCACCCAAGCUGAUGCCGAAAAUGCCCAACGUACAAUUCAAGCUCAAUAUGAUGCUUUGCCUGGUACUAGCAAGAGCGCUAACGGCGGUAAUGCUGGAGUUUUGGACUUUGCCUCAAAGGUUACAGUACGGUCAAAUGCCGGUUCGAAAGGUGAUGUCGCUACUACCGCUACCUCCAACUCAUACCUUCCACCACAAUCGUCGUAUUUGCCACCCGGCAGAAAUUUCUAAAUUGUUAAACGAAAGUUUUGAUUUGUUAUCUAGUUUUUAGGAUAAGACUGUUGUUGUGCGUCUUCGCAUGAAAUAAAUUUUU